CAAGUCUUUCAAAUAUAAGAUGUUUUACACGUAUACAUACAAAGAGUUGACAGUUACAGUACACUGCGCUCUGUUUCCGCCCCCAUGGCCGAAUCCUUCGCCUCUGUUUUGCAGCAUUCAGCAAUGUAUAUCUCGUUAAUCUUUUAUCAAACAUCUCUCUCUCUCUCUAUCUCUGUAGAUCAGUCUCCAAUGUAGAAAGGCUCAGAGAUCAAUGAGUGAGGAAGAAAGGCUGUCAAGAAGGAAUACAUUGUGGAGCCCCGAGGAGGAUGAAGUCCUCCGCAAGCACGUAGCAGAGCAUGGAGAAUACGAUUGGGGCAACGCGGAGGAGCUUUUUAAACGUCCCAGAAAAGCCUGCUAUGCACGGUGGAGGUAUGGUCUCCGGACUACAGUCACCCAACACCCUUUAACCGAUGAGGAGAAAACCAUAUUAUGGCAGCUUUACGAGAUGCUCGGUGCCAAUUGGGCUGCUAUAAGAAGACGUACUAAGGGUGAUAAUCGCUUUUCUGUACCGAGAACGGAGUUUGACAUUAGGAACUAUAUCUAUCAAGUAGAAUUAGAGAAGGCGAGGGAACAUGGUUUUAUUCCAGAUGAUGUUAAUGUUAACGAUGGCAACCUAGAAGCUCCAGGGCAGGAUAUUGAUCGACAUAAUGAACAGGGCAGCAGUCAUGGCAACCAAUCUUUGGAUCUCUCAUUAUCCCUUCGUGUUUCUCCUUCAGCGGCAGGGAACUUUGAUAUUAAUGCUCCGGCGCCCUCAAAUGACGCCCAGGAUUGAUUAUCACUCUCAUGGCUUUCUUCUUCUUAUUAUAUAUAUUGUGAUUGGUCUAAAAUAUAGCAAUUUAAUUGUUUUGCUUUAAAUUUUAACUUUUUUUUAAAAAAGAAAAAUUUUAUUGGGACAAGGUGGCCACUCAA